AUGAAGUAUUCGCCUUUUGCCACACGUGUCCUUGGACUUCUACUUCCUGCUAUUCGAGCUACAUGCCUUUCGAGAAACCCGACAGCUUCUACCGCGAACGGAACGUAUGUAGGCAAGCAUCUCGAAAGUUUCAACCAGGACGUGUUCUUAGGAAUGCCGUUUGCACUACCCCCAACAGGAGAGAGACGUUUCAAGCGCCCUCAUUAUAUCAACCAGGCCUUUUCAGAAACCAGAAAUGCCACUAGCUAUGGACCUGCCUGCCCGCAAUACUCCCCUCCGAACGUAUUUGGGAACGAUGUUUCCGAAGACUGUUUAAGUAUUAACGUUGUACGCCCCGCUGGCAUUUCAUCAGACACAAGCCUUCCGGUAUUAGUUUGGAUAUAUGGGGGUGGCUUCGAUGGCGGCGGAAGCUCCGACCCUCGUUACAACAUGUCCGGGCUUGUUCAGUUGAGCCAGGAGAUUGGAAAGCCUAUCAUCGGAGUUUCAUUCAACUAUCGGAUCAACAAACUCGGCUUCUUGCAAACACCGGAGCUCUUGAAAGAAGGAAGUACCAAUGCUGGAAUGCACGAUCAAAGGCUCGCACUCAUGUGGAUCCAGGAGAACAUCGGCUCGUUUGGUGGCGAUCCGAACCGGGUUACGAUCUGGGGUGAAUCUGCCGGGGCACAAGCUAUUGGGCUCCACAUGUUUACGUAUGAUGGAAGAGACGAUGGGCUUUACCACGCUGCUAUUAUGGAAUCUGGGGGGCCAUCUGGAGCUCCGAUGCACGAUCUUUCAUUUUACGCUGGCUUCGUGGAGUCUCUAGCGGCACAAGUAGGGUGUGCUGGAUCUAACACAAUGAUCAACUGUCUCAGAGCUGUGCCAUUCGAAACAUGGCAAGCUGCUAAGACUACGAGUCUAAUAUGGAACCCUAUGGUGGACGGAGAGUUAUGGAGUGAUUUCCCCAGCGUUCUUGCUAAAGAAGGCAAAUUCCUACGAAUCCCCGUCAUCAUAGGUACCAACAGCGACGAAGGUUGUACCUUUGCAACGAAGGGUAUCAACGCCGAAGACGAGCUCCUGAAGAGCAUGCUCGACUACCGGAGGUACAACAUUCGCCCGCCGAUGGCCAAGAAACUAUUGGAGCUAUAUCCAGACGACCCUACAUCCCAGCCUCCAUACUACCUAAAUCCAGACCCAGCUGUGUUCCCUGACCAGGGACUACUAUGGCGCCGUGCCGCAGCCAUUGAGGGAGAUAUGGUCAUGAUUGCUGGAAGACGUCGCGUGGCAGAGCAACUGACAGCUGCUGGAGCUCCUGUUUACAGCUAUCGAUUUGACACUUUGGGGUAUGGCGAAAGGUGGGAUAGGGGUGUUGGUCACUUUCAAAACGUGGCAUUCAGCUUCCAAAAUAUCACAGGUGGACUUGGCCCAAUGCCGGCCUAUCAGCACUACAAGAUAUUGAGCGAAGACACUGGAAGGGCAUAUAUAUCGUUCGUUUACGACCACAACCCUAACUCGAGUCGUGGGAAUGACAGCACGCUGCCCACGUGGCCGAAGUACGACCUAUCUAAGCCGCAAAAUAUUGUUUUGGAUGCCAAUGGAAGUUACGUGGAAGACGAUACAUAUCGAAAGGAAGGAAUGGCUUUCCUGAAUGAAGUAGGAUCGAACAUACAGAUUCUAGCGUAG